AUGGUGUUGAGGCGUCUGGGAAGUGGGUCUGCUGAUACAUUCGGUUCUUCUGGGACGUCGAUCAGCCACCCUGCCUGUGUCCGCUCGGAAUGCGGUGCCGUAGGCACGAGGAGUGUCCUUGGCAGCUUUCACCAAGCGGGCGUUUUGCUAAAGGGGGUUCUGCCCACUCCCGAGUUCAAGUUGUUGGAGGUCUUGGCAGCAUCGGUCGUGCGCGCGACCCAGCGUGCCGACGGCACGGUGGCGGAUUUGGGCAGGGACGGCUCCACCUCGAGCCGUGCGGGGGCGCCUUCGCGGCCUGGCACCGAGGAUCCGCGGUACACCGCCGCGCCGAUGGCCCCGCGGAGCGCCCGUGCCCGCGUGGCACGCCUCGGCUGUGGAGUUGGCGGGGGGUCUGACGUGGCCCAGGACUGA